AUGACAAGACCAUCUAAUGAUGUGGCUGUAAAGCAGUCAAGAAAAAUUACAAGAAAUCAUCUGGCUCAACUCAAUGCAGAUGUAUUCGCGACAAUCUUGUCAUUUCUUGACAUUGGAUCGAUGGCAAGGCUAGAGCAAACAUGCACAUAUGUACGAAAUUUUAUUCAGCAAUUCGGAUGGACUCGGCUAUUGAACAGCGACUUACGGGCUUUGAGUGAAGUUCAAGCUCGAAAAGGACGAGCAAUUCCCGCAAAAGAGGUUCUACGGAUCAACCUGGCAUGGAAGUCUCGUACAUUCCUCGUAUCACAAUGUGACUUGGAUAAUACCUCACAUGGCAAAAUAAAUGAAGGUGGAAAAAUGACAGAAUCAAGCUCUACCUCUGUACCUUUCUGUCAGCUGCAUUUGCUACCACAUGGACUCAUUCUCUUGAUGGGUAGUGAGAUGCGAUAUUGGCCAAAUACAGAAUUGGAAAAACGUCAACCGAUCACGAUGGAAAAUUGUACAUUAUUCAAAUUAGAAAAUCCUGCAAAUCUCGACAAAAGAUGGAUCACACAACAUCAAAGAAGUAAAAGUAGAAAGGCACGGAACCAGGGGGUAAUUGCAGCUUCGGCUGUAUGGGAUAUUUGUGCUUCUGCCGUACUGAACAAACAGGGAACCUUGAUUGCUCUUGCUCGAGUGAAUGGUCUGAUUGAAAUCGUACAAAUGGAAGCACGCAAGGGUGGCAUGCCAGCAAGAGUACAUUUGGCCUGGUUCUGGCCUGAUCACCUGAAUUCGAGCGUUACCAUUCAGACAUUAGCAUCAUGUCCAGAUUCAGGUCUUCUGGCUGUUUGCGGAAAGCAAGGCGAAGUAUGGCUCUUGUCGAUUCGGAAAAGACAACCCUUACGCCAGCACAAAGUGGCACAUGGAACGUUAGACAUCCGAGGUCUCUCUCAUUGGAAAGUGAAUGAGCGUAUAUGGAGUGCAUGCUUUGCUAAGACCAAGACUUCACACAAAUGCCCUCCUUGGAUCGCGAUCGGAACUGGAGGACGUGAAGGAGUAUUGAUCUACUCACUAAAGACGAAGAUACCGGAAUGCAUUGCCACCUUACAUUGCAAUGGUAGGUCAAUUUACUCGAUCAAGACUGACAGCAUGAAGUGCAACGAAGGCAUAAGCGACAUACUCUAUGCGGGAUGUUUCGAUGGCAAGCUUCGGACCUUUGACGUUACCAAAGCAAUACAUACGAACGAGUCGAAUGCCGUGAGUGUGAUGUAUGACAAGUAUGAUCCGAGUGCGAUGUAUUGCCUCUUGACGGGAAUAGGCCAAGAUGGAAUGCAAAUCGCGGCAGGAACGGCUCGUCACGGUGUUGUGAAGAUGUUCGAUGUACGAGAGGCAUUCAAGUGUACAGAAGAUACAGCAAAGCCUCCUGAUCAAAAUAACAGUUUAGACACUCUAGAUAUAGAACGACAAGGAUGGUCAUUGUUUGCUGCUCAUCCUAGCCGAUCGCCAACGUAUUCACUCGCGGGCGAUUUCGAUCGUAUCUUUGGCGUCACUGAUCAGAAGUUAUGGCAGGUAGAUCUUCGAAAUAGGGCAGGUCAUAUCAAUCAAAUGACAUCUAGCGAUCAAUUGGUCAAAGCAAACACAAAGAAGGAAUACGAGUUGGAGAAAGGGAAGUUGACCUAUUAUAGACAUUCGGAUAUGCUUUUAGAGCAUAGCAAUUUACCUAUAUGGAUCGCAAAGUAG